AUGGGUACGAUCCGGGCAUGUUCCUCCAUCGCCUCGAGUCUAUUGCGUCUGUCGUUGACGGAGCUUCUGGCUCGACUGUCAUGGCUCGUUGAUCGAGCACGACAGACCAGGCACACCUUCCUCUUCCACGGCGGUCCAGAGUUGAUCUUGCCAUCUUUGACCCGACUGAUCAUCUCGGAACGGGACGAAUCCCGCAAUACCCGCAUUCUUCCAACCUGGUCACCUGGAACUGUUCCCGCCCGCCAUCUCACCCAAACCGAACCCUUGAACGGCUCUAGGUUUCAACAGUUGAUGAUAUUUUCUUCAGAUAUCCGCGGAGAGUGCCGCGAAGAAGGUUGGGCACGACCGCGCCGAGAGUUGGACCGAUCACAGCAGAUUUUGCAAUGA